CAAAUAAAAUAAAAUAAUGAAAGAUCUGCGUUUAGGGCUACUGAGAGUACUGCCUUGAUGGCGGGCUGGCCGUGGUGCUCUCUUGACCCUGUAUACCCCCCUCCUGAAAUUAUUCAAAUUGUGGACGAUCUCUCUUGAUUAUCUAAUUAUUUUAAUUCUCAAUUAUUAUUUCAAAAAUUCCAAGAAUUGAAGAGGGAAUUGUCUGCAAUGUAGGAGUUGAUAAAACUGGCGGGGAAAACAUUGCGUUAGGAGGCAGGUCGUGUUUUGGGUGUUGGAACUCGGAAGGUACUGGCUCUUGGGAAGUGGGAAUUCGGUUUCCAGUUUCCACUCCAUCGGUGCCUUCUCGGCAUAUGCCUGUCAAGUGUUUGCGAGCGAUUUCGUAGAAAGAACAGAUGGAUGACCGUCCCCAGCACAGGUUGGACGGCUGUUCGACAGAUGAACGAAAAGACGGGGGAGUCGACAUCAACUAUCGUUUCAAAGCCGGCACCUACCUCACUUCGGUUGCCGUCCUCUCGGGUCUGGCCGCCUUCGGGGUCACCCUCGCAGCCGUCAAGAAGAAGGACCCGAAGAUGUUCGCCCGCGGCAUGGAACCGUGCCCGGGGAUAAUGGAAGAGUCCGGCCCAGAACUCGGACUGAGAGCCUUGAAAUGGGGCACGUUCUACGCCUUCUCUGGCACCUCUCUCAUCUCAUUGGCUAUCUGGAAACUGUCCGGGGCGAAUUCCUUGGAGGAAUUUAGGGAAAAAGCAAGACAAAUACUGCCAAAGUUACCAAAAAAGGAGAAUAAGGAGGGGAAAAAAGAACUUUCGAGCGUCGACGAUGUAUUAAACUACCUAACGGCAGACAGCCAAAAAGAUGUCAAGAAUCGCCAGAAGAGUUAAUGAUUCUUGUUUCUGAUCAAAAAUGGCUGUGAAUUCACUAACUCACUACUUAAUAAUUAUACUACUAAAACAUCUAAAAUAUAGUCAAUUGUGUAGGUUUUUAAUUUUAAAUUUUAAUUUUAAAUGUAAUAAAAAUAGUUUUGUUGUUUCUGACCAACCUA